AGUACACUUACUUGAUACCCAUUCUCUCUUUCUCUCCCUGCAUUUCUCUGGAAACUCUGCCUAACAAUACAAAGUAGAAAUUUGGUGGUAAAUUAAUGGCGAAAUCAGCAGAGGAAGUACACCCAGUGAAGUCAUUUGGAUGGGCUGCCAGAGACGACUCUGGUAUUCUUUCUCCCUUCACAUUCUCAAGAAGGGCAACAGGGGCUGAAGACGUGAGGUUCAAAGUGUUGUAUUGUGGUAUCUGUCACACUGACCUUCAUCAACUUAAAAAUGAAUGGGGUGGCUCCAAUUAUCCCCUCGUCCCCGGGCACGAGAUUGUGGGUGUUGUGACUGAAGUCGGGAGCAAGGUUCAAAAGUUCAAAAUUGGGGACAAAGUUGGGGUGGGGUGCAUGGUUGGAGCAUGUCACUCGUGCGACAACUGUGCCAACGAUCUUGAAAAUCACUGUCCCAAGGCCAUACCUGCUUACAAUGGCACCUACCACGAUGGAACAACUACGUAUGGAGGUUACUCUGAUCACAUGGUCACUAAUGAGCAUUUCGUGAUCCACAUUCCAGAAAACAUGCCUCUUGAUGCUGCUGCUCCUCUCCUUUGUGCUGGGAUCACAACUUAUAGUCCCUUGAAAUAUUAUGAACUUGGCAAGCCUGGUAUGCAUGUGGGGGUGGUGGGUUUAGGUGGCCUUGGCCAUGUGGGUGUGAAGUUCGCAAAAGCUUUGGGUGCUAAGGUGACUGUGAUUAGUACAUCCCCUAACAAGAAGAAAGAAGCCAUUGAACAUCUUGGUGCUGAUUCAUUUUUAGUCAGUCAAGAUCCUGAUCAGAUGCAGGCGGCCAUGGGCACAAUGGAUGGUAUCCUUGAUACAGUAUUCGCAGAUCAUUCUCUCUUGCCGUUGCUUGGUCUGUUGAAGUCUCAUGGAAAGCUCAUCAUGCUUGCCGCACCGAACAAGCCCCUGGAUCUGCCUGCCUUUCCUCUGCUUAUGGGAAGGAAGUUGGUGGGUGGAAGUACCAUUGGAGGGUUGAAGGAGACACAAGAAAUGAUUGAUUUUGCAGCUAAACACAACAUAACAGCAGAUAUUGAGGUCAUUUCGAUGGACUAUGUGAACACUGCAAUGGAACGUCUUGAAAAAGUUGAUGUCAAAUACCGGUUUGUCAUUGACGUUGCCAACACUUUGAAAGCUGCCUAGUUUGCCAAUGUAGCUCCUAGACGUUGUCUUCUUUUGAUACUAUCAUUAAUAUGUAGUUUGCCAAUGUAGCUCUUGAACGCUGGCUUCUCUUUUGAUACUGUCAUUAAUAUGUAGUUUGCCAAUGUAGCUCCAAAACAUUGACUUCUUUUGAUACUGCCAUUAAUACUGUCAAAGAGAAAUUAAGGUACUUGUAUUAUCUAUCUUCUAUCGCUGGUGUCACAGCAUGUGACAUCUCAGUUUGAAUACAUAAAUACAAGUUUUGAUGGUAAAAGUUUA